AUGUUUUCUCUACAUGAUCAAACCUUCUCUUCGAAAAAGAGAGAUCAAAAUGGAGAAUCGUUUCAUGGUUCCUUCAAGCGAAGCAAACAAGCCAAACUUGAGAACAACCCUACUCUGUUCUAUCAAAGAUCAAAGUCAGAGAGCACCAUGCUGAUAAAACCUGAUGUUCAACUUCACCUUGACGCUAAGACCCAGUCAGAGACAUUUGAAGAUCAUAGGACACAUCUGGACCUUGAGCUAAACCUUUCUUCGUCAUCAAGUUCCAAUGUAAAAACAAUCAUGAAGAAAGACGAAUGUUCAAAAGGCAAAACUUUGAUCAUGACCCCGAGUAAGAAGGAGAUAUCAGUGUGCAUGAAGUGUCACAUGCUGGUUAUGCUCUGCAAAUCAACUCUUGUGUGUCCAAACUGCAAAUUUAUGCACCCUGAUGAUCACUGCUCUACAAAACAGUUUAAGCCUUUGAGUUUGUUUAAGCUCUUAUACUAG